UUUGUUUGCUUCAACUCUGCUCCAGGGCAUUUCUCUUUUUGCAAGGAAGUCUUCGAUAUGUCUGAGAAGGACGCGAAGUCCUCGCGGACUCCUUCAGCGGAGCGCAAUGUCUCCGUCCCGGACAUUCCAGCGGCGGCGGACUUUAACGAUGACAGCAAGGUCCCGUUCCUGACCUUUCGAACAUUCAGUAUGACUGUGAUUGUUUCGAUUGGUGGUAUCUGCUUUGGAUAUGAUACCGGUCAAAUCUCCGGCUUCUUGCAAAUGGAGGACUUCCGGUACCAAUUUGCAGACAACCGCGAUACUCUAGAACUCACUCCAAUUCGAACCGGUCUUCUUGUCGCGACACUAUCUCUCGGAACUCUCGUUGGCGCUCUCAUCGCAGGACCUCUGGCAAACAACCGCAAAUUGGGCCGCAAGUACUCGAUUGUCCUCUGGUGCAUCGUCUUUAUCAUCGGCAAUUGCUUCCAGAUCGCUGCUCAGUAUCCUUUCUGGUGGAUUAUGAUGUUCGGCAGAAUCAUUUCUGGUUUCGCGAUUGGUGGCUUGAGUGUCAUGGUUCCAGCCUACCAAGGAGAAUCUGCGCCUACUCAUCUUCGAGGAGCGAUCGUGUGCUGCUAUCAGCUUUUCAUCACGAUUGGCAUUCUCAUUGCUUACCUCAUCAAUUUUGGUACCGAGAGCAUUUCUGGCUCUGCUAGCUGGAGGAUUCCUGUUGGACUUUCGUACUUUUGGGCACUUGUCCUUGGUGGUGGAAUUCUCUUCUUCCCAGAAACCAGUCGCCACGAGUUCAGACAUGGUAAGGUCGAAUCUGCCGCUGCUAGCAUUGCGAAAUUCUACGGAGUCAGCACUCGCCACACAGUAGUGAAGAAGCAACUGGAAGAAAUGCGAGAGAAACUUCGCCUAGAGCAAGAAGGCGGCGAUCACUCUAUUUGGGAAGUGUUCACCGGCCCUCGCAUGGCAUACCGAACUCUGCUCGGAGUCACGAUCCAAGCUCUCCAGCAAAUGACAGGCGCAAAUUUCUUUUUCUACUACGGAACAACAAUCUUUGCCAGUGUUGGACUCGACAACUCCUUCGUCACACAAAUUAUCCUUGGUGCAGUCAACGUUGUCACUACAUUCCCAGGUCUCUACAUGGUCGAGAAGUUUGGCAGGAGAAAGUGUCUCGGUCUGGGCGCUGCUUGGAUGUUCAUGUGCUUCAUGGUAUUCGCAAGUCUGGGAUACUUCGAGCUUGAGCGUCCCGACGGUACAAAUCGAUCUAACAUCGGUAUGGUGAUGAUCAUCUUUGCCUGUUUAUUUAUCGCUGCCUUUGCUUCCACGUGGGGUCCUAUGGCCUGGGCCGUCACAUCCGAGAUCUACCCGUCCAGAUACCGAAGUACUUGCAUUGCUUUCUGUGCUGCAUCGAACUGGGCCUUCAACUUCUUCAUCGGAUUUGCCACACCUUUCAUCGAAGCAGACAUUGGCUUCUCCUACGGAUAUCUCUUCGCGGCAUGCAACUUCAUCGCAGUCUUGGUCGUCUUCUUCUUCCUCCCAGAGACGAGCGGAAAGUCGCUUGAGGAGAUUGAUACUAUGUUCCUUCUCGAAAUCAAGCCAUGGAAGUCCAGCAAAUGGGUUCCACCUCCACCAGAGGACCUCGUCACGGCCGACAACUUACGCCUCAGCUCAGGCGGUCGCGACAUCAUCAAGAAGAACGAAGCUGGCGAGCCAACGAAUGCUCAAUAUGAGAAUCUCAAAGACACCCAGCAGAACGAGUCGAAUGUGAUGGCUGGUGGCGUGCGAGGAAAUUCGAUCACUCAGGUAUAGAGCCCAACUUGUAUGAAGAAGCGCGCCAGUGAGUCUUUUAGAUGACUCAGUGUACGACUUGAAUACCUGAUGAUUCAUUCCAUGCCGCAAUGAGAGAUACCAUUGUUGAUUUUUGUCAUUGUUGAUAUACUAUACAAUAGUAAGACUAAGAGAUUCGUCACGGUCUCGAUCGACCACCUAGCUGCUGGCUCAUCAUCCCACCACAUCGACCAGCAAUGCGCAAACUCCCCA